AUGGAUGGCUUCUCCACCAAGAAGCGAGCUGAGGAUGGCAUUUGCCGCCUUGCCCUGGAUGCUCCAAACAGGGUUCAGCAACGCUCGAUAUCUGCCUCAAGAUUGGAAAGUAUGAAGCAGGAGGCGAAAUUGGCCCGGGAAUGGGGCAAGAAAGUGAAGGAUGACCUCCAUUUCCAACAAGGCAAUGUGAAAGCUCUGGCAAAGGAUACUCUCCAAAGCAAGACUUGGGGUGGGCCUAACUACAGGCAUGUAGCGCCAAAUGUAGCGCAAAGUACCGAGUACCAGCGGAACAUGACAGCCAUGGACGCCCUCAGAUGCGACAUUUCUGUAAAGCAGGAUGCCGUGGAAAAGGCAAUGCGGGAGGACUACAGGAGUGUCCGCAAUACGCGUGCGGAUACGAGCGUAAGUUCUUUGUCCGGCUGGCUGGAGAAGUAUGGACGGCCGAAUCGGGAAGCGGAGCCGCAGGAAAGAUAUCGUACUACACCUUUCAAGCAAAGAAGGAUUCCCUUCUUGGGUGUAUCAGAGGCCAAAACACUUCGAUUGGGUGCAGGCAUUUGGUCACAGAGAAGUGAGACUGAUUUGCUGGGAAGCUUCUAUUUCAGAUCAAAGGGCCGUUGA